UCAGGAUGCACGUGGAUUUUAUCGAAUAUAUGUUAUAUAAUAAAUUUAUCGACGAUCAUUCUACUCCGAAAACGUAAACAAAAAAUAAAAAUACAAUUUAGGUUUAUCAGUAUAAAUAUUAUGAUAUAGAGAGAAAUAAGACUGCGAUAUCGCGAAUAGGCUCCUAUACCCUGUUUUCGCAAACUAUUUAGACUUGGACGACCCUCUAGCCGAGUUACAUCAACAUUCAUGAGUUGAACCGUCAAUAUUAUCUACAUACAUUCGAUCUAGUUACUCUACACUACGAGGAGUUAGACAAAGCUGAUAAGAGAGUGAGAGAGAGAUAGUAGGAGAGAGAGAGAGCGUGCAAAAGAGGACGAAGACGAGGAUAGAAGGAAGCAGGUUAGAUUGAAAGAGUACCCAAGGGGAAUUGCCAGUCGCGUGUUUUCGUCCUCAGGUGAGCACUAAAGCCUACAUCCAGCACAUUCUUAUUCGUACUAACUGAGGAAUUUUUCACCAAUUCAGCUAAAUUUUCACUGCAUUUUUAUUUUAUUUUAUCACUAAACUUUUCACAUUUACUUCCUACUGACCCUUUUUGCGAGAUAGAUAAAUUUUUGUGGUGUGCACUGAGUGCUAGAAGGAAUUUUAUUGGCCACUAGAAUUGUAUACAAGUGGCUGGUACACUAGCAGAAGCAAAAGCAGGACUUGCAGGAGGAAGAGAAGGAUAAGAAGAAGGAGUUGGAAAUAGAAGCUGAAGUAGGAGUUUAAGGAACUGUAGGGCCAUAACGACAGUACAUUGAGAUAAUGGGUAUGGAGUAUGGUGAUACGGACAAGACAACAGCGGUAACAACGUACAAUCCAAAUGUUGAACAGUUUGUACGUCGGGAACAAGAUCGUCGAGUGGUACAAGAAGGUACUGCCAUGUGGAGGCGACGUAAAGAAGAAAUUUUACGUCAAAAACAUCAUGAGCAACGUCAAUUGAGACAUCUGCAGGCGACUUACUCGCCGUGGGGAAAGCCGGGAGGUGGUGCUUUCUGUGAGAGUGCACUCAAGAAAAAGAAUGUUGUACUCGAGCCAAUAUCGCCACCGCGUUCUUAUCAGUUGGCGACGCACUCGUUGGAGUGGGGGCGACCUGGUCCCGGUGGCACUCCAUGGAGGGAUCCAAGGUUACUCGGAGUCCGUUUUAUGGAGUCGAUGGGUUGGACAACCAAGUCAUUUAUCACCCGCAUGUGCAACAACGAAAUAGACCCACUGGCACUGACCAGCCCCGAGAAAUUAUUCGACUCAAAGUCUAGACCAGGAAUCAUACGUUCUCCGCGAUCUUCACCUCCACCUCUGGCUCUUCCUUCAACCAGACAGACUUACUCCAGACCAUACACGUCAAUAGACGUACAGAGUGAUGGCAAUAAAAAUACUCAGGCUUAUAAAUUAACCGGCGGAGUCGAAUUAGUCCCGUUACUUACAGCACGUAAAUGUCAUUCACACCCAAUUAAAUAUAUAACCACCGAUGUAACACGACCUGGAUACACAAUAGACAGAUACCGUUCAUUGAAUAUCGAGAAUCGUGAUUACACAGCAGCCCUGUCAGAGCAGAUAUCCCGGAAGCGACAGCGCAUACUCGAGGAAAAACGUUUGGAACAAGAGAGCUGUCGUAGGCAUUUUGACACAUGGAGAAAAUUCUGGGGGCGACCAGGUCAUGGAGCGCCAAUAGAUCACGCUUAUAGAAAUGAUCUCCAUGCGAUAUUAUAUCGUCCUGCGGUGUAUUGAUCACAGUGUUGCAAUAAAUUAGAUUUAGACUUCGCUACUCCGCUAAUUAUAAUGUUUGAUAAGUCGCGGCAGUAACUCGAUAAUUGAAUCGGAGUGAUGAUUAAAUGAAAACUAAAUUUAGUUGAGGUCUAGUUUUGGAGUUUGGACCAGACCUAAACCUGAAACUGGUCCUAGACCUGGAGCUGGUCCUGGUUCUGGAUUUAGAUCUAGAUUCAGAUUUUAGGGAAACAUGAAUUACGUAGAUGUAGUCGUAGGACUGAUGCUAAUUCACGAACAAUUUGCAUAAUGAUCCAUUGGAAACAGAUUGACCACGUAGAAGCGUGAAAGCUGUCAAGAGGAUAUAAUGGACCCAGUCACAUUAAUUAAUGACCGUAACAGUCUAGUCGUGAUGUUUGUGGCGGUGAUCCACCAGUCGAUGAAUACGUUGCACUCUAUUCACUUGCCGAGACGUAUAAAUACCCCAGCUUCUGCUUUGUUAGAUUCGCUCGAGUUUCACGGUGGCUGCAGCAGAAACGAUUUUGACCCCUUCCGUUUAAAAGUCGAUUCUGUUUGCCUAGGGCUUUGUUUCAAAGAUCAACGAGGUGAUUGCUGUUUUUCCAACGUGUUUUAUUGUCAGUAGUCGGGCAGAAGCUAUUCCGAGCUCGAAUAGUCGACAGCCUUUUAAUUAUGUCAAAAAAACACCAAAUCCGAAUUACGAAUUUAAAGCAUAUUUUAAUUUUUUUUUAACAUUUUUGGGUUAUUUGACUUUGAUUAUUUUCUGUGAUCGCGUCAAUUACUCUCUUAAUUUCAAUCCGUGGAAUUCCACUGGUUUGCCAGUGAAAACUCACUAGUUUACUAGUAAAACUCACUGAUUCGACCAGCGGUCUUGGCGGCCAUUUAAUCCCACUGGUUACUCAGUGAACUUCACUGGUUACUCAGUGAAUUUUAAUGGCGGACGUAGUCACUGAUUUAAAAGUGAGAAUUUCCACUGAUUCAACAGUGAGCUGAUAUAAUUGUCAUCAUAACCCAACUUAUAUAAAUAGGGCAUGAUUAUUUACCCAAAAUAAAUAAAUUAAAAACAUAUUUACGCAAAUUUAUUUCAUUCAACUUCUAUUACAUCGACUGUAUUAAAAUUAUUCAAAGUAAUGUGGAAGAAGGAGACUGCACUUAGAUCUUUUUUCGAAAUUUUACAAAUAUAAUGGUCGAUUAAACUAUAAAAAUUAUCGAGGCAUGGAGGAUAGCUUAAAUUAAAAACAUAAUAUAAUUUAUGUAAAAUAGAAAAUGAAAUAAUAGGGUCACAAUUUGACUUAAAAUCUAUUAAUUAAUUCGAUUGUCAUUAACAAACAAACAUCAGGUUAUGUAUAACUUAUUAUAACCGGUAUAACUACCUUAGCAGAUCCGAAUUACGGUAUCCACCCAUACAGGAGCUGCCAGAGUUGAACAACGGGCCCCUACUUGGCCCAGCACUGGGGAACCUAGCUUUGACACACCUAUAUUGGCCUAGGCUUGGGCCAGGACUUGGUAACCUAGCCUUGGCCGUUACAAUGAUUACCCGGGCUUGGGCCAAGACUGGGUAACCUAGCCUUGGCCGUCCAAUGGCAACCCAGACUUGGGCUAAGGUAGGAUUACCCAAGUUUGGAUAUACCUAUGGUUUAUAUAAGUAGAUCAUAUAAAUGUACCAGUUCAACGUUAGUAGGUUCGUCCAGUAGCUACCGUUCGGACCCAGUAAUCAGAAGGACGGCAGUUCGCGCCCAGAGUCCAGCAGAAUUUCCACCGAGUUUUUUUCACAUCAUUUACCUCCCUUAGAUAAUUAAAACGUUAAUGAUCAUGAAUUCUACGAGGUUAAUAAUAAUAAAUUUUUUUAAAUUAAAUUUAUUCGUUUCCUGGAAGCACGAAGCCUAGAUAGAAGGAGAACGAUCGCAGUGUUAGGAAUGUGUAUACGAAUAUGAAGCAUGAUCAGAUGAUUUAUACUGCCACUAGAGAGCGCAACGGUUUGACAAUUCAGAUUUUUUAAAUAAAUGUAUUACUGAUUUUAAUCGGAAAAAAUUGACAAUUAUAUCUAUUAAUUAAAUAAUAAUUUGUAAACUGAUGGAAAUGGAAUGACAAAUUAUGAUGUCAGAAAAUUAAAUAUUGAGAAGAAUGACACGAAAAAAUAUAAAAAAAUCAACCUAUUUACUUAUGAAAUAAAAUGGUAAAUGAUCAAUAUGGAAUUAAUAAGAUUUUUAAUUCAGCAAUUAAGUUAAAAAAUCAUCUAAAAAUUAAAUUGAUAUUUAAAAGAAGCUGAAAAAUGUAUAAUUGUAGAUUACCUGAUGAGCUGUAAGGAUAUAAAUCGAUUAAUUAACGUAAAAUCAUUAAAUAGUUGAAUAAUAGCAAAAAAAAUACGACUUAUAAAAUUAUGUAAAUUUUAUUUUUGAGAUAAACAUUAGAAAAAUAAUAAAAUAACAUAAUAUUGAUUAGUUACAUUAACUUUGCAGUUUUACGAUAUUUUCUUGUUCAAUGACAUUUAAAAUUAUUACUUGAUAGUAGUUAUUUGAAAUUUAAAUUAAUAAAAUUUUGACAGCAGCUCUCACAUUUACAGUUUCAUCAACCGGCACAUUAAUUAAAGGUGACGUCUCGUUGAUAUUUUUAUAUAAUGUAGGAAUGGCACCAGGUUUGAGAGUUAUUUUUUUCCUCUCUGAUACGUACGGUUCUUGACCAGGGAUAUUUAUCACAUCUUUUCUUAAAAUAUAUUCCUCAUCAACAUGCUUAUCACAAAUGAAUGAACUAAAAACUAAAUCUUGUUCUAAUAUUUGACUCCAAUUUCGGACAAUCUCAGGAUCCUACAGAAAAUAUGUAAAUUUUUCAAUUAGUUCAACAUAUAUAAGCUUCAUUGUAUGAAAUUAUUUAUAACUAAAAUUAAUAUACAAAAUAAAUGUAGAAAUGACUGACAACUGGGUACUAGAAGUUAUGAACUUCCUAAUUUUUUUUAAAAGCGGAAAAAGUAGAGAUUUAAAAUUUUUUUAUCUUCUUCUUAUACAUGAAUAAUUUUUUCAUAACAAAAUUCAAAGACAUUUGCUAUUUAUGCUUUCGGGGGAAUUAAUUAUUUUUAUAACCUUAUGCAUCAUAAGACUUUUAAAUAUUUAUUUGGAUUUUUAAUAUAGUUUAAUUGUAUGAAAAUUAAUAAAUAAUAUUAUUUAAUUAUCAAAUUAAUAUUUUUACAUGGAGUAAAUUGAAGCUUUAAGGUUAUACUUACUUUAGGUACUGUAAACAUAGAAUUUUUCUGUAGUUGUAAUUCUUUUUUUACUUUUUUAUUGUUUUUGCUAUUCGUACAACUCACCACAGUGCAAUAUUUAACCAUAUCUCACUUUUAUUUAUAACUAAUAACAGAAUAAAUAUUAAACAACACUACUUGUGAGUACAAAAACACAUAUACAAAAAUCUGAACUCCCGAACAGUACCGCCGCCCUUGUGGAGAAUUAUUGUACCCGAUAUUGCCUCAUUUUUUAGGACACAUAUACGGCGAGGAAACCUAUAGCGAUCGUUCUCCUUCUAUCUAGGCUUCGUGCCUGGAAGCCUGGGCCAGGUCUGGCAACCAAGCAUGUGCCAGGUCUGGCAACCAGGCUUGGCCCGAGAUUAUCAUUCCAGGCUUCUACCAAGGCUGGGCCAAGACUGGCUUACAAGCCUGGCCCAAGGUUCUACAAAGUUGGGCCAAGUCUGGGCCAAGCCUGGGCCCGUGGUACUUUCCUCUCUGGGCAGCAGAAUUACCGUAAUUUACGGUAUUCUACUGCAAUUUGCGGUAUUUUUACCGUAAUUUGUGGGAUUUUAUCGUGGUUUACGGCAAAUUGCGGUAGAUUACGGUAAUUACCGUAAUUCGGAUCUGCUAGGGCAAUCAUAGGUCGCUGUUGAUAACGGACACUAGAGGCACUUAAAUUUCGCACUAGUUUGAAUCAGUGAACCCAAUACUCACUGAUUUACAAGUGCGCAACUUUGAGUCUUACUGAUUCAUCAGUGAUUUUUUUACUCACUGAAUAAACCAGUGGAUUUCUCACUGAUUUAAAUUUAGAGAGUACUUAAUGCGAAGUAUUUACUUAGUAUAUAAGUCAUAGGUUAAUUUCCAAUGACCUCUUCCGUAAAAAGUGGAUCCCGUUCGGCCAAGUUUCUAUUUUCGGAAGGCGGUUGACAUUUUAAAUUCUCCUGACAUUUUUCUCUAUCGCGAAUCGAGCAGAUGCUAUUUCAAGACGUAAUAAUUACUACGAAAAAAAGUAACAGCAAAAUUCGUUAAUUUUGAAUAGAGAAUCAGGUAAUUAUUCAGUUAUUCUAACAGCCGGUCUAUUUAGCCCUUGAAUUAAAAAGUUUCUUAAAAUGAAUUCCACCGAAAAAACGGCAUUUAUAAUUAUGAUAGUUAUAUAAAACGAAUUACAGUAUUUUUAGUGGCAGCUACUUGAAUAUUUAAGUGGCGACCUCGGUAAUUAUCAUAAGUUAGUGCUCAUUAUGUCUCACAAAAAAAAAAUGGUAAAUAAAUUAAGCAUGUAACAAUAGUAAAUUCUGAAGUAAAAACAAACGUAGCGGCAUAAUAAUUCUAGAAAUACUCUUUAAAGAGGUCUCUGGUAUUUUGCUUCAUAUAAAGAGGGUAUGGGUAAGAGAAAGGGAGAGCGGAAGAGUAAGAGAGAGAGAAAGAGGAGUCAGUGUAUUCCAGGAUACAGGAACUGAUAUUUUGUGAGAGAAAAUGAAUCACCUUCAUACAAACGUGCUUUACUACAACUACCCCAACCGCGAGCCUUUACAACCUCCCGAUCCUACCCCUGGUGGCCCGCGUACACUGACACUGGUAACGGGAACACAAUGGUCAGACAAUGGAGCCAACCAUGAAGUUGUGGAUGUUGGUUUCUACACGGUGAUUGUGUCUCGUUUCUCGUUUCUCGUGUCCCUUCCGCUUGGAUCCGGUUGUGGUUGGCGUGUGCGAGAAAUUUUCGCGGUUCGAAGCUUCGGAUCUACAAGCUUUAACUCUGUCCGUAUCUGCAGCAAUAUAAUUCAUGGGUCAAGGAUAAGUGGCUAAAAUUCACUUUUUCUUUACUAUUUUUUAACAAAGAAACUUUUUUUUUAUUGCAGGUCCAUUUGAGUCAAGAUUAAAAAAUCACCUCCCUCUCAAAAUUUUCGCGUCCAUUUUUACUCUCAAAAUAUUUUUAAAGCCACAAAAAAUUUUUUUUUUUUGCGCCUUUUAGCAAUUUUCCUAUGCAGUAAAAAUACAAUAUUAAUUCUUUACAAAAUCACUUCUGGUCUUAAAGAAUUAAUUGACCUCUGAAUUGAGUUCAAGAUCGACUCAAUCGGUCAAUAAGUUUUCGAGAUAUCGUCAGUAUAAAAAAAAAACUAAAACCCGAGGUCGCGGGUUCGAAUCCACUUCAAGUUGUUUUUUGUAAAAAAAAAAAAAAAAAAUGUACAUUUGACCCUUUCAAUCCUCGCUAACCACUUCCCGACUUAUUUACUUUUUAAAAAGACUUUUUUUUUUGGUAAAAAGAAGACAAAUGAAAUUUAAAAAUAAUUGAAAAAAUAAAUAAAUAAAUAAAUAAAAAUUUCAAUGUCUCCGGUAUCUCCGUAAUUGUUAUCGCUCGCAAUUUAAAUCACUAAAAAUAUUCAGUUCCUGUCUCUAUUAAAAAGUAUCCUGUUUCUCGAAACUUUUAACCUCGCCUUUGAUUAAAAAAAUUCAUGUUUCAUGUCUAUUUCAUUUGUACGUUUGAUUGUUCGUUUGUUUGUUUGUUUGUCUAUUUGUCGAAAACUUUUUUCACAAAAUAAAAAUAAAAAAAUACACAUUUCCGUGAUAUACGAUAAAGUAAUUGUUACUUGUACACAAUUUUACUUCUAUUCAAUUUACAAAAGUAAAAAAAAAAAAAUUAAUCGCGGGAAAUUUGAAUUUGAGAUAAUUAUCAAAUAUUUGGCGACUGUAAAUAAUUACGCGCAAUGCAAAUGUAUAAAAUAAUUUAUGUAUACGAUUGUAUUGUAAAUAAUGUACAGAAAAAAUAGAGGCGUUGUAACAUAAAAAAAAAAAAAAAUUGAAAAUAAAAAUGCUGCGGUACCUUUUUAGUUUUUAAUGAAAAGGUUUUACCGUGAGCUUUUAAUAGAAAAAAAAAAUUAUUUUGUGGAGUUGGAUGUUUGGGGUAAAAUGGUCAUGGGUAUAGGCAUGGUCAGGAAUUAAAAUGGCGUGUUUCGUCAACUUGAGAGGUGAGGAGUGAAGAGAGUGAAAAUACCGGGAUUUAAAAAUAAGAGAAAGAGGAAGUGAAAGAGGAAGAGAGUUUUAGUUGAAUAAAAUUUAGAGAAACGAGGAAGCAAGUCUGGUAUCGAUUACGAAAAGUUUUAUAAUACAUUUGAGUAGAGAGGACUUAGCCAAGUUUUUGUGCAUACGCGGUCUUUGUGUUUUGGAAAAUACUUUUUUUUAGUUUGAAAAGU